AUGGUUAGCCAAAAUGAAUUGGAUCGUACCAUACGAUAUGUAUUGAUACGUGUUGAAUGUGUGGAAAGAACCGAUUAUAAUCAAAAUCAUCCGAAAAAAUAUAGUGGCGAAGAAUUGAAUGAUGAAUUAGAGGCAUUAAAUCAUGUACGAAUGAAUCUGAAUGAUUUCAUUAAUCGUAAUCAAGAUUUAACUGUUGAUCAAUUAUGUAUAUUGAAAGAUUUAAAACAUCGUUUAUUCGGUGCAAUCCAAAAACUUAAAGAAGCAACAAUUUAUGUAUCAUCGAAUUCUAUUACAUCAUCAUCAAUAGCACAGUCGAAAGCAACAAAAACAUCAUCAUCAUCAUCAACAUAUAAAUUACAAUUUGAAUCCCAUUAUAAACAUCUUUCCAAUUCAUUAGUACGUUUUUUGGCUGAACAACAUUGUUGUGAUUGUCAUAUAUCAACCGGAUUUCAUUAUCCAUUAAUACGUACACAUCGUUUAAUAUUAUCAGCAUUUUCACCAUAUUUUCAACAAUUAUUUGAUUCAUUACAAUCAACAGAUGUGCCGGAUAAACCGAUGAUUGUUGGUGGAUCAUAUUUUCCAAUUAUUGUUAUCAAAGAUUUUUCAUAUGAAACUAUUUGUCAUAUUGUUGAAUUUUGUUAUCGUGGUAAACAUUUACAAAAUCAUCAUUUCGAAAAUGAUCAUCAAUCACCAACAACAACCAAAAAUGAUGAUGUACAACAAAAAGAUUCAAAUAAUAACCUCAAUCCUUCUGGAUCUUCAGAUUUGUUACAUUCCAUAUCAUCACCAUCGUUAUCUGCAUCAACAACGAUGGUUGAUCCACCGCAAUCAGAUGUGGAUGAUUAUGAACAUCAUCAUUUGAUCGCCAAACGUAAACGAUCAUCUGAAUCAAAUCAAUCACAUUCAUCCAUUGAAAAUUCAUCAAAACAAGGAUCUCAAUUAUCAAACAAUGUUGUAUUAGAAUCGGGUAAAAAAGUCAAAUUAGAAACCGAAAAUACAAAAUUUGAUUCACAAGAAUCGCAAAAAUCAACAAAUUCAUCAAGUCAACAAGUUCGAUCUCAAUUAUUGUUGAAAAUAAAAUCAGGAAAAAUAUUUAAAAAAGAACAAGAUGGUGACAAUGAAUUGACUAUUAUUGAUGAUUCGAAAUUGGAUGCUGAUGAUGAUGGAAAAGAAGAUCAAAAUAAAAUGGAACAAGAAGAUGAUGAAGAAGAAGAAGAGAUAAAUGUUGUCGAUGAUGAUAAACCAUCUUCAUAUGAUAAUGGUGUGAAAAAAGAUGGUGUUGAUCUUUCGAAAUCAAACACGGUCAAACAAACCAAUGGACGAAUGAACAAACAUUUGAAUAGAAAUGGUUCAUCACGCAACAACAGUAAUAAUAAAACAGGUGUUCAAUCCAAUUUAGUCAUAUCGAGUGAAGAUGAUGAUGACGAUGCUGAUGAUGAUGAUGAUAUUGAAGAUAAUGAUCUAGUCGAUGAUAGUUUGGAUGAUGAUCUUGUCGAUGAUGAUGGAUACUAUGUUACUGAUGAUUCAACGAAUGGUGUAGAUUUAUCCAUUAAUCGUUUAUCAGUAAAAAAUGGUUCUACCCAUAGGACUAAUGGUCGUCAUUAUCGAAAUGGUAAAAAUCGUCACAAUUCGUCAAUUUAUGAUAAGCUUCUUGGAAAAACUAGCAGCAACAAUAUUCUUACACAUUCUGAUUCGUUAGCAUCAAUGUCAAAUGGUUUAGUAUUACCUACAUCAUCAACGAUAACAUCUACAGGAUCGCCAGCAUCAUCUUCACCAUCAUCAUCGUCUUUUGCAGCGGCAGCCGCUGCAGCUGCUGCAGCCGUUGCUGCUGCUCGUAUUCAAAUGAUGUCACAAAUGUUUUCAACAACGAAUCAAUCAACAACUACCGCUAAUUCAUUAUUGAAUGGAACCUCAGCGUUCACUGCUAAUGGAAAUUCCAUUUCGAAUGGACAAUCCACACCAGGACCAAUGAGCUUGUCAACUUCACCUUCAUCAUCAAUUUAUGGCUCAUGUUCAUUACCGGCAAGUGUUACAUCAACAUUAUCAUCGGCAGCCGCUCGUGCAAUUGCUGCAUCAACAUUGGCCACAUUUGGACCAUCACCAUCAUUGGGUGUUGAUCAAUCACCAACAGCAGCAGCUUUGUCAUCAUUUUCAGCAUUCAAUUCAAAUUUAUUCAUGGCAGCAGCGGCUGCAAGUCAGCAAAAUAAUUCUCCAACAUCCGUUGUUCAACAACAACAACAACUACUACCACCACAAUCGACACCGUCGCCUGCCUUAUCUGCAAAUGGGUCUACCGGUUCAAGUGGUGGUGGUGGUGAAAAACGUGGUCGUGGCCGUCCACCUAAAUAUGGUGGCAAUAGUAGCAAUAACGGUAAUAGUGAUAAUAGUAAUAAUAAAUCGAAUAAUCGAAACGAUAAUGGUAAUUCGAAUUCGAAUCUAAACAAUUUAUUGGAUACUUCAUCACCAUUUCCUGAAUUAUUUUAUCCAAUAACAACAAUGACCAAUAAUCAUCAUAAUCAUCAUGAUAAUAAUUCAGCAUCAUCAUCACCUCAACCACCACCGAUUUUAUCAUCAUCAUCUAAUAAUUCCAAAUCUACAAGUUCACACAAUAAACACAAUGGAACAUUAUCAUCAUCACCAACAAAAAAUGGAAAAACUUUAACAACUACGGCAACGACAACAACAUCAUCAACUUUAUCCUCAUCAUCAUCGUCAUCAUCAUCAUCAUCCUCAUCUUCAUCAGCAGCAGCAGCCAAUGUUGUUAUUAAUCAGAAUCGUUCAAGACGUGGACGGCCACCAACAUUAUCAGUCGAUGAUAUGGUACAACGUUUGCAGUCUGGUCGUGAAAAAGCCGGUCAAAAACAAUGUCCACAUUGUCCCCAAGUGUAUUAUGGGUAUCAUGCAAUGCAUGAUCAUAUUACAUCCGUACACUUAAAUUCAAAUGAAAAAUAUCCAUGCCAUUUAUGCGAUAAAGAAUAUUCAUGGCGUAUAACAUUGCGAAAACAUUUGAAAUCACAACAUGGUGUGCAUCCAGAUGUUAUUAAUUAAUUAACUAAUGAAUUAAUUCACAAAAUUACAUAUAUAGUUUUAUAUAGAUAUAUAAUAUAUAAUAAUUUAUUUGCA